CCUAGUAAUCAUUUAUAUUUUUCGUUUCAUCCAAAGUACACACUUAAAAGAUCCAUCGUAUAUAUUUUUAACACAUAAGAACACAAGUAAGUAUAUUCACACAGCGAAAACUUUUUAUAAAUAUAACGAAAAUUAUAAUACUAUAUCUCACGUACAGGCUACAGCACUUGAGUGUAGUAAUUUGCGCUGAGUUUGCACUGUUCAUCCAGCCGUGAUCGAGCUCCGUUGAAGUCGAAGUUAUCCACUCAGAACUGGUGUGUCCACCAGCAUUGGGGCGUUCUAUUAGUGGUUGACAACUUCAAGAUUGGGUGUAGAGCCAACUUGGUCACGAAUGAACAGCUCAAACUAGUAUAUAAGCGCCCUCACUAGUUUUGUCGAUAUCUUAUAAUAGUGAUAGUGAUCUGUAUGAAACGUUGUGAACUAAAUCAAGAAGAGACAAUGGAAUUACGAACUUCCUUUUUGUUUGUUUUUGUUUGUGGUAAUGUCUUUUGAUCAAGUCAAUUUUUUUCGAGCGUUCUGCGUUGUUUUUUUUUGCUCCCGCGGGUUCCGACGCCCUUUCCAUUUACAUACACUUUAUUAACAGAAUUUAUAUUUGACAAGCAGAAUUAAUAGUAAUUAGCUAACUUGUUCUGUACUUACAUGAUGUAUAUUGUGACGAGCGAGCCGAAUGGGUUGAACCCGGCCCUGGCCCGUCGAAGCCUGCGUUUCAAAAAUUCAGACGUAGACAGGAAACGGAGCGAGACCACUGGGCCGCUUCUCAGGAAGAACGUUCCUGUCUCCAGCAUCUGCUCCUGUGUUCUACAAAAGCGAAACGCUCGCCAAGCAGUUAGUUACAACGUAGUUAGUGACUGUUACUUUUUGGACGAAAUAAAUUUUAAGGUCCGUUAAGUUUUAAGUUAAUUUCACCCUAGCGUUUAUCUAACCUGAACGAUUGCAUAGGCAUUUAAGAAAAGUGUCAUUAACUAAUUAAAUAAACUUUGUGCAAUAAUUUUUGUUUUAUCCCUAUACUAAUAAGUGAACUUUGUUGUCAUUUUUGAUCACUUAUCAUCUUACCUGUUAUUUUGCCUCUCAUUAUUCCUUUUAUGACGGAGUAAAGGGGAACGAAUUACACUUUAAUGAAAUAGUAGUGGUCACAGGAACAUGUAGCACAAAAAUAUAGGGAAACUGCUUAUAGCUAUUUGAUAAUAUAGUGUCUCUACAUUUGAGCCACUAACCUGCACUUUGCGCAAUUUUCUUUCUAAACAGCUUAACUCCAUUUUGCCUAGAUUGCAUCUGGUCAUAUUUUGAGAAAAUAUUGCUCUAAUAAAGCCGAAUCCAAACGCAUUGUCGAUCUGUUAGCGGCCAUGUUGGUUGUUGAUGCCGUGAGGUUUAUGAUUAAAAACUUACCAAAAUGGACCGAGGAUGGCUCGGUUGGCAAGGCGUUAGACCUACCAUCUCCAUUUCCAGGAAGUUGUGUGUUCGGGAGCCUAGGUGUUGUCUUGGUCGGACAUUUAUCAAUAUGCAGAGGCGAACUCAUUAUUAAAUAAAACAAAAUUGAGAAAUUUUGUUUAUAUUUAUUUCAUAAGUUCGUGUAUUAUCAGUAUAGGUAGGUUGUCUACAUCUCUAAUAGCCCGAAAAACAAUCCCAUACGGUUUUCUCUGGUAUCAUGAUUCAAUGAAUUAUCGAACAUCACCAAAUUAGCGUUGGAAUGACAGGAAUGCGAAUCUUUUUCUCUGGUUGGUAUUCUAACGUUUUGGGUUCUGACAUGGGAUUCUGUGAUGGAACAUUGCACGCGGCGGUUUAACCUCCGUUCGCUCCCGACAGAAUCCUUAUAUUCGUCCCCAAAAGCUUGAUAUCGGUUUCCACUGUGUGGAUAUAGUGUUUGAGUGUUCAGUGUAUGUUUUAAAGUGUUAAUCGUCGUCGGCCCUGUCGUUUUUCCCUGUUCACGCCGGUAUGGAGACCGGAUGUGCCCGGAUGGUCCGUUGUGGAAGCGGGGGGAAGCCGAUUUUAUUUAGUAUCGGUCAAAAUCGUUUUUUGCUAUCCGAGUAGAUUUUGGUUAUAUUUCUUCUUCGUCGUGCUGGUUAUAUACCAUAAGCGAAAAUCCUCGACGGAAGUCGCUAAUGGGUGAAUGGCCAUAGUAGUCCUGCCCAACUGUUUGUAAAGAUCAAAGGAGAGAGAGAGUAUUCUAUGGUAUUUAGGGUUGUCAAACAAUGGAGAUAGAUGCAAUUUGCAGAGAUGUUUGCAAAACGUAUUUAAAUAGGGAUAUAAAAGCGAUAUUGUCCGAAUCGAUGACAAUAACUGAACAUGUUAAGAAGCUAGCAGAAACUAUUGAAUCGCUCAACAAGGAAUUGCAAAAACAGGUUUUAGAACAUCAUGAUGAUUUGUUACGACAGGCUAGCCACGCAACAAAACUAGAACUUGUAUUAAAUGUAAUAAACAUGCACAUUCAAAAUCUUUUUGCAAAUGCAGAAAGACUAAAAUCACAACUCGAUCUCCCUUAUGAAACUUUGGAGAAGCAUAUUAAUGUGCUACGUAAUUUAAAUUCUGCUAGUCACAUUUUAAGGCAAGUUGGUAGGGUCCAGCAACUUAGCAAACGUCUAGCUAACACUAACGAUUCUGUUCAGAAAGCAUCCAUUUUACUGGAACUAGAAGAGUUAGCAACAGAUCAAGAUUUGACAGACAUAGAUGCUGUCACUACAGAAUUGCGAAAUAUUAGAAUACAGAGACAGAAUGUUAUUAAAUUAGCUGCAGGUUCUCUACAUCAGGGAUUAGUUAAUGAAAAUUCUAUACAAACCUCUACGGCAUUACAAGUAUUUGUGAAUUUGGGUACAAUCAAAAAUAAACUAGAGGAUUUAAUUAAAGGUUAUUUAGAUGAUUGCAAGGAUAUCAUAAAGUCAGUGUUGAAAAUUAGUUCUUCCAACAAAUUAAAAAGCAGCGGUAGUCGAAUUACAACAUCCACAUCCCAAGAAUUCCGAAAUAAAAUUUGGACAGAAUUAGAAAAUAGUUUUGCAGAUGAAAUGUACAAUACAUGCAAGCAGGUAAAAUUUUUGUUGGUGGUAGUGAAAGAGAUGCAUUUAAAAAAUCCAGAUCCUGAAUUGUCAUCCCAAUUUUGGAAAAAUUUGAGCCAACUUCUUAAGGAAGAACUCACACAAAGUUCACCAGCUGUUAUUCAAGCAUUGGAAGAUGACUAUCCAAAGUUGUUAAAAAUCUAUUGUGAAAUGAUUAAAAAACUGAAUUAUGAUGAAUUUAAAUUUGAUCCCACAAUUUUGAAAACACUGGAAAAUUCUUACUUGUCAGGUUCGCUAUCCCGUAUGUCCAACCCAAUACAGUUGAUGUUUAGUAGUGAAAAUAUGCCCUCCCAAGACGGAAUUGAUGAUUUAAUCAGAGUUAUAACUAGUGAAGUCAGUGUUGCACUUAUAGAGGAGCAUUUAAGUGAAAACAUAUCAAAAAAUGUUGUAAAGUGCAUUAAAAUGUUGGUAGCCAAGAUGGAACAACAGAUUGAAAAUGGUCCCGAAGCUGCUCAAGUACUUGCAGGAAGUCCAAAUGUAGUUCAGCAGAAAAAUGUGCAGUAUUGCAACUUACUUCAUUACAUGCAAUUAAAGACUUAUAGAAUGCUUUCCAACAUGAAGGGUAGUUUAUCUGAAACUUGUGUACAAAUGAUUGAAGGAAGCUUACAAGCUAUGACCCUUUUAUCAGGAGUCAUACUUCAACCUAUCGUUAUAUCAAUUAAUUCUAUUAUCGAAACUAUAAUUGUUACAAUACACAUGGAAAAAGAUUGGGCAAGAGCCCAAGUAACUUCAAAUAAAAAUCAAUCAUAUAGUCCUUAUAUGAAAGAACUUACUCAAUUUAUAAAUAGAGUAUAUAACACAUAUCUCUGUAAUUUUCAAAACAAAGAAGUCUUAUCUCAGAAGUGCAAUGAAAUUGCUUUAAGAUGUAUUGACCUUUUUAUACUUCAUUCGGUACUGCUUCGUCCAAUCUCUCAAGCUGGUCGCCAACGUCUUCAAAAUGACUACAAUUCUUUAGAACAGUCUCUAAAGAUAAUAUGUCCCAAUUUGGCAGAUCUUGGACGACCAUAUCGUAUCUUUAAGUCUAUGAGUCUAUUGGUGACACUUUCUCCACAUGAGAUUAUUCAAGGACAAACAUCUGGAAGUUCCGUGCCUGACAGUAUUGUUUUGCUAAUGCUAUUUUCCUUUGCGGGUCCAGAGUUAGCUAGUCCACAUCAAAACACAGGAUGGUCUAUUCCUAAACUGACAACUUGGUUAGAUGAGCAUCCUAAUGAAGGGGAUCGACUUGAUUUAAUAGCAGGUGCUUUGCAGAGGUAUGAGGCAUCUACGCGACAAAAAAAUUCUGUUAAUUAUGAUCCCAUUUAUCCUCUUAUGUCUCAGUUCUUGGAACAAAUUGUUAAAAUGAAACAAGUAACACAUUAAAUAUUUUUUAAGUCUGUUUAUCAGUUGUUUAUGAAUUAUUGAUCCUGUAUAAUAAAUAAGAGUAUAUAACGAAUUGUAAAACUGAAAUAUUUACAUUAAUAUUCCUAGUGUAAAUAUAAUUUUAAUACAUUUUAAAAUUUAAAAAUUCGAAUCUUUUCAUUUUUUGUCAAAACGUGUUUAUUUUGCCGAAGAAAUGCAAACUUCUGUAAUCUCACAGGAGUUAAAUAGCUAAGUAGCUAAAUGUCUAACAAUAUGCAACGGCAAAAAGUAUUCAAAUUCUGUAACAAUACUUUUUACAAAACGAGUCGAAAUUGCUGACGUUUCGCCAAUCAUCCUGUUGGCUUCUUCAGAGCUUGAAUGAAAAAGUUUCUAAAAGUAAAUACUAUGUGUGAGGAAGAAACCAACCAAGUGGGCUCCCUUGAACACUUGAUUUCAAAA